ACCGUUUUUUCUUCUUUUGCAGAUUUAAAACCAAACAAAAUGUGCGACUACCAACGCGAAUACUCCUUUGUUCUGGACGACAGCGCCUUUGAAGCCGAUGUCUUGAUGGCGAGUUUUGACAAUGGUUUUGAGAACAUGUGGGUGCAAGUCGCCGAGGAGCUGCGACGCGAGAGGGAAAUGAACGAGCUGGACCAACUUUUCCAACCAAAGUUGAGUUUGAGUCCGCAAGCCAUGGAGAUCAGUGGAUGUUUUAAAAGUUAUCCCAGAUGUCGUCGAUUGUGAUAUUUUUUAUAAGCUUACCCAGAUCAUUUACCAGAAAAAUGACCUUCGCUGGGGCAUUUUCGAUAAAUGCCCGGAGCAUUUGUAGUCCAUUGCAGUCCAUUAUA